GAGGGUAGUAGCGAUUUCAUUAAAUCGCUUAACUUCGGGCAGAGGCGGCUGUGCGGGGAAAAAUUUUUAGCGCUCACGACGUGAAGGCACUCCGGCAUGGCUGAUGGCGGCGGCGCGCGCAAUUACUCAUGCAAGACGGCUAGUGAAACCCUCAAAUGGAUCCAUGCCAUCAUAGACUUCCUCAAGCCUUAUCGGUUCUUCUUAGAUGCCCACGUCGUCAAUUUCUUCAAGGACAGACUGUGGGAAGCAGUUGAUAAAGAGUGGAUGGAUUGCCUGCGGAAAGAGCCUGCGGAUAAACUUCUGCAAAUCCCGUCUGGAGUGGUCCAGGAUCAUUGGCCUGCUUCGCUUAAACAAUUUGUCCUUACAUUGAGGUCCCUUUCUCUUCCUCGUGAUCAGGCAGAUCUGCAGGAGGCUUUCCCAGGUCUGCGAGUAGCACCACUGAACAGUGUCCUUGCCCAAGGCAUGAAUCAAAAGAAAAAACAUGAAAUUCAAGCCCUUGCUGGUGUUAUUGAUUCCAUUGCUAGAAGAGUUGGGUCCCACAAAAUUGUUGAUGUUGGUUCUGGUCAGGGUUAUCUUGCUCAAGUUCUCUCCUUCGAACAUGAGCUUUCUGUAAUAGCAAUUGAUGCCUCUUCCCAUCAUGGAAGUAUUACUGAUGCACGUGCGAAGCGAAUUGAGAAAUAUUAUGCAGCUAAGAAAUGUAAAUCUCGUUCAGGUUUCUGCAUACCAAAAACAGUGACAUGUCGUGUGCUGUCCCCUGCCAUGUUGAAAGAUAUCAGCAGCUCCUUAAGGCAAGUGGAUGAGAUGGAGAACCCAACUAUUUUCAGAGACAACACUGAUUCAAAGCCUCUGGCAGGAGAUCUUGCUAGUGAAUGUCCCUAUUCGUCAAAAGCAGAUGACAAAUCUACAAUGGUUCUAGCUGGACUUCAUGCCUGUGGAGAUCUUUCAGUGACAAUGCUUAGGACUUUCAUGGAAUGUGAUGAAGUCAAAGCAGUGAUUAGUAUCGGUUGCUGUUAUAACUUAUUAUCUGAAGAAGGCAUCAAAGAAGGUGAUUGCCAAUUUGGUUUCCCAGUGAGUAGAGGUGCUAAAUCUGCAAACUUACAGCUGGGAAAGAAUGCUCGUGAUCUAGCCUGUCAGAGUGCGGAGAGAUGGAGAGGUUUGGGUGAAGCUGCCGGCCUUCACAAUUUUGAGCUUCAUACUUUUCGUGCUGCAUUUCAGAUGGUUCUCUUUCAGUGCUACCCAGAGAUUAUAACUCGAAGCCCAGCAAUAGGGCGGCAGGGGAAGGCUUUUCGUCGGCAGCAUCAUCGGAGGAUCCUGGAGUGUAAUGCGGACAUGGCUCAAACUUUCUCCCAAAAUUGUUGUUCAACCUAUGCUAAGGAUGCUUUGCUUAACGAACAUUCUUCAUAUCCAAAAUCUGCAAAUAAAGAGGCUAACUCUGCUGAUAGAUAUUCCAUGUUUGUGAAGUUCUGCAAGUCUGGAUUAGGUCGGCUUGGUCUCUGUGUCCCUCAGGAUAUUGAAUUUUCUAGGUUGUGGGAGGAAGCUGAAGAAUUUUCCGGACUUGUUGGCCCUUACUGGACAUUGCGAGCUGCUCUAGGCCCUGUUUUGGAAACUAUCUUGCUGCUUGAUAGACUGUUGUUUCUCCAAGAGCAGGGAAAUGUGCUUAUUCAGACUGUCUUGCUACCUAUAUUCGAUCCUGUAUUGUCUCCAAGAAAUGUGGCUCUAAUUGCUGAAAAAUUCUGAAACAAUUUCAUAAAUUGAUAAAUUAUAUAUGUUUGACCCUAGAGUGAGAUUGGAUUUUCUCCUUUGAGUAUUGAGUAUAAAGCUUGUGAUUUUUAUUCUUGAUGCUCAAUUUCCAGUUUGUAUUUAAAGUUGCAUGCUUUUAAGAACUGAUGGUUGAUCUUCCCCUUCCCAAUCUUUCCUGGAUAUGUACUGCAAAUUUUUCCCUGAUAGGUUGCCAUCACAGGAAUGUUGAUGGUGAUCUAUUCAAUGUACUUGGAUUGAAAGUACCAACAAACUCGUGCUUUGGCACCUGAAUGAGCUCUCUGGCUUUACCAAUUCAAAGAUAACUUUCAGCAAUGCCAAUAAUAGUUUUAAGGAUAGUAUAAUGUAUGAUUAUCACAUUGAUUAGGAUGGCUCUAGUUCUUAUCAGAAUUACCAGGAGGAGUUGCAAAGCUUUUGCUAAUUUGGUCAAUCCUAUCCAUUUGUGAUAUAUUGUCUUUCUUUGUCUAUUUCUACUAUGUUCUUCAGAUUUCAAUUAUUUAGAAGAAGAGAUCAAGUGAUAGUGCUGGUCAGAGGCAGGCAAUGACCUAUCCCAAUUAUGGACAAUGGUGGGAAGCAGUUGAUGCCUAUGGUCAAUUUCAUCAUCAAACUUCAAACGUGAUCCCAUCUUAGCUGAACCUUGCUGCUAUAAGA